AUGACCGCCGAUACUCAAUCCGUAAUGUUCAAGGGUGGCCUACCGGCGGACUGUACGUGCCCGAUUUGUGAGCAAGCUCUCCGUGAGCCAACUCGACUCAAUUGUGACCAUCACUAUUGUCGGCAGUGCUUUGAGAAGACGGAUAGAGCACCGGAAUGUGCAUUAUGCCAAACGAUCAUCCAACCGGAGCUGUGUCAACAAGAUAGAGCCAAGCAUAAGCAGAUCCUCGCUCUCCCAGUCGUGUGCACUUUCGAAUCGUCCGGUUGUCCAUGGACCGGUCAACUCGGUGCUCUCCACGAUCAUCUCUCCACAUGCACCUUCAAGUCCUCCCUGAAAUGCGAGAAGUGCGGAAGACAAUUCGCCAAGGCGGACCUGGAAAGACACCGUGAGAAGUGUGAACUGAAUCGGGCGGUCUGCACCUACUGUAACAAGACAAUCAGGGAUAGUGAUUUGGAGAGACAUAUGAAGACAUGCGCCGAGGUUAUCAUCAGUUGUCCGUUCCAGUGUGGACUAUCCGAUCGGCCACGUCACGAGAUCGAAGCUCAUCGUCCACUGUGUCCAAACGUCGACAAUGUUUGUCCGUUUGUCCCUUACGGGUGUACUUUUGCGGGCGGGAAGGAAUCCAUCCAACAACAUCUCAGCGAUGAGCCAGUACGGCAUCUUAUGUUCCUCUGUGAUGAGAUCACGGAUCUUAAGGGAACAUAUGAGCUAAUGGAGCGGGAUAUGAGCUCAUUCAACGAUCGGCAAACUCGGAUUCUGGCGGCGGCGGACACCUGCACCGAGAUGUUCGGUCCUCAGCUAAUCUGGAAAAUCGAUAAACUUCAGCAACGGACUAAUGAGGCGAAGUCCGGCGCCGACACGACCAUCUUCUCCAACCCGUUCAUGUCCCACCGUUUCGGCUACAAAAUGAUGGCUUGUGCGUGUCUUUUUGGUGAUGGAUCAAGUGCUGGAAAGUCGAUUUCUCUCUAUGUCCUCCUGCUGAAAGGAGAGUUCGACCCGACACUUGAGUGGCCUUUUAAUAGGACCAUUAAGAUCUCGUUGUUGGAUCAGAAUCCCCGCCCAGAAGAUCGUGUGAACAUCACGUAUGUCAUCGAUCCACGUAAGCUGAAAGCCAACGAGAAAUUUUUGGCUCGUCCACGUGGAGAACGUAACGCGGCGUUCGGCUCCCAAUCUUUCUGCUCGCUGGCUAUCCUUCAGAAUUAUGUGAAGAACGACACAAUCUACGUGCGCAUUGACGUAGAUCGUUGCGAGACCCUUCCGGUCUCGUUGAAGACGCGUGAUGAGAAGGAGCGGAAGCAGAUGAUGGACGCGAUGAGGUCGAAGAAUCCAGAAGUGCGUGUACAUCAUGUCAGACCUGUCACUGGACAGUCGGGACCACCCGCGGAUCAGAGAGUUUGA